CGCUGUAUUGGGCAAUUGAAUCGUUCUUGGCGCCAUACGGAGUACCAGGUCGCGGCUCCAGCCGUCGAGUUCUUCCUCAUUGUUGCCACUCAUCCAUAUCUGGAACCUCAUCUUCUAUCAUCCUCUGCUUGCGUGGUAAACUCUUGCCGAUAUUCAUUUCCACGUUACAUCUGCGGGAUGUAGGUGCAGAGACAAGUGAGUAGAGGGAGAAUCAGUCUCUAAACCGAGCGAUGAGGCGGAGGAGACGUUCGUGUUUUUGGAUCAGAAUCUCGAAGUUUUUCACGAGGUGUAAAAAUAAAAGGUUAGAUCGGUUUAUGUUGGAAGAAUUUGCUGGAGCUUUUAAGCAUCGUCAUCUACCUCCCCAAUCCCAUCUCCACACCGUUAUUAAUCUGAAUCAAGGUGAAAGCUGGACCAUUCUAUCCUACACCAUUUGGGAUCAAAGGUCUAUUAUGCUAGCGGUGGGUUUGGGCCUAAGUAGCCUUGUACUAAAUGUGAAAACAUUUCCACCACUUCAGGGGAAAAGCAGCGGCAUACGACUUUUGAGACCUGAAGAUAUGUGAAUACUUGCAUCCUGAUAGCCAAAUAAGGACUGGCUUCACAUCCUACCAUUUGAAAAAGCAGUUGAGUCAGAUAAUCAAUAGGCCAUAUGUUAUAAUCUUUCAUAUGUCAUUGAUAAGCUUGUGGGCAAUAUGAUGACAAAUUGAAGAAAACCAAGGGCAUCCCUGCAAGAAUCCCUUUUGCAUUAUUUGGGAGGUGUGGGAUCUGAUUCCCAGUUCAUUUCGCAUGGAGAUGAAAACAUGGUCAACUCAGGUUUUGCUGUUCUACUCGCAGGGGUUUCUCAUUCAGUUCAAGAGAUGGACAGGCUAACCAAGAAAUUAAUGCCACUUUCUUUCCUACUUCUCUCACGCUGGAGCCAGCAAAUAGGAUUGGUGUUUGGUGUGGAUUGCCCUUUAAAAAUGGCACCCCCUACACUACAUGUGCUUUGCAGAAGGGACCGACACUGGUCCACUGCUUUUUGAUGUCACCUGAGAAUCCCAAGGCCUAAGUUUAAGUUUAUGUACAUUUUUAGAGAUGCAAUGUAUUAUUAACCUUUGUAUUCUACAACGACAAAUUCACAUUCAUUGUAUGGUUAAAUAAGGCAACCCCCAAGGAAUUACUUAAUUGGCAUAUGUAAUGCUUCAACAAAAACAGGACAAUAAUCUGAGAUGGGAAAAAGCUUAUAAUCUGAAAAUUUUCAACACAACAAAUUAUACGAGCAUAUGUAAUUGAUAUUCUUCAUGUUCCAAUAUCCAGCCGACACAAUUAAGAACCAAAAAGUAAAA